UGCCACCCGCCAUAAAAUACAAAGAAGAAGAAGAAGAAGAAGAAGAAGAAGAAGAAGAAGAAGAAAGUGCUAACUUUGCAGAGCCAGUGGUUGUGGAAAAGCCUUUGAAGGACACAGAAAGUUGAGCAGUAGAUGUGAGAGCAUGUCCAGCCUGCAGGAGCUCAGGUCGCUGGUCCAGCAGCGCCUGAGCGCGGCUCUGGACGACGUGUUUGGGCUCCUGGAGAGAAGAAUAGCGGCUCACGACGAGGAGCUGUGUCAUCUAAAGGAGGAGAACCAGCGACAGAGGAAGCUGCUGAGCCAAGUGCGACCACACACAGCAGAGUUUUCCCAGCAGCUGCUGGUGAGUAAAGAAGAGGAUCCCUCUGAGCAGCAGGAGUGCUGCCCCAGUCUGAACCAGGAGGACCUGUGGACCCAGCUUCAAGGGCUGCAGGAGGCUGAAAGCAAGUCCCCCUUCACUCCUGUCCCUGUAAAGACUGAAGACGAUGAAGAGAGAGCUCAGUCCUCACAGCUUUGUCAAAACCAGCCUGAGGAGAACAGAGAGGCCGAGUCUCAAGCCAGCAUCUCCACUGAACAGAUGAAAACAGAAGCUGAUGGAGAGGAACCCGUCAACAAUUCAGAUCCAGCUGCUGAUUUCCAAGCAGCUCGUGAUGGCCACUCCUCUGAAGCUGAGACUGAUGACAGCGAUGACUGGACAGAGACUGGAGAAGCUCAGUCAGGUUUAGCCCUUUUCAAUGAGAACACAUCUACUAAUGUUGAAGAGAAACUAUAUUCCUGCUCAACGAGGAAGAACACAGGAAAGGAAGUACAGCAUGGCUCUGUUUGCAGUAAAAACUUUUCACGCAAAAGAAACUUAAAAAAACACACAGUGGUUCACAAGAAAGAGAAACCAUAUAGCUGCUCAGCCUGUGGCAAAGGUUUUACGGUGAAAUGUAGCUUGGACACACACCUGAGAGUCCACACAGGAGAGAGACCAUAUAACUGCUCAGUCUGUGGUAAAGGUUUUAUACUGAAAACUAACCUCAACGCGCACAUGAAAAUCCACACAGGAGAGAAACCAUACGACUGCUCAGUCUGUGGUAAAGGUUUUUUAAAGAAAACUAACCUCAACUCGCACAUGAAAAUCCACACAGGAGAGAAACCAUAUGACUGCUCAGUCUGUGGUAGAGGUUUUAUACACAAAACAAAGUUAGAAAGACACAUGAGAGUCCACACAGGAGAGAAACCUUUUUCCUGUUCAGUCUGUGGUAAAAGGUUUUCAGGGAAAUUUAACUUGGACACACACCUGAGAGUCCACACAGGAGAGAAACCAUAUGACUGCUCGGUCUGUGGAAAAUCUUUUACACAGAAAGCGAGCCUCAACCUGCACAUGAGAAUCCACACAGGAGAGAAACCGUAUAACUGCUCAGUCUGUGGAAAAGGUUUUACGCAGAAAGUAAACUUAAAAGUACACAUGAACGUCCACACAGGGUAGAAACCGUUGAGCUGCAGUGUGUGUGGAGGAACUGUGAGCAGGUGGUUGCGUGUGUUGGUGAGAGCAGCAGCACAUGUAGUGUUUUUCUAGCUGACUGUUGACUUUAACUGUGGGAUGUGGCAGCCGGCGUGCAUUUUGAAGUCUUGAAAAUGUUCACCCAGAAAGCUGAAAAAUGGAUAGCCUUGCUCCAGGACAGGAGUCUAGUGUGUCAGAAUAACUGCUCACAGCUGAGCAUGAGCCAGCAGUCUUGCACAAAUGUCAUUUACUGGCAGUGGCAGAAGUGAUGCUGCCACCUGGAUAUUUAACCUGUAUAAUUCUCUUCAGUUCCACAUUGUAACACUGGACUUGGAGGCCAAUAUUAUUACCUCCGCCAGCCGAGUUAGAUCAUCUUUUCAGCCCACAUCCUCUCUUUGUUUGUUCGCAGGAUAUCUCAAAAGGCUAUGAACAGAUUUGCUUGGACCUUUUUAAUAUGUAUAUUGUACUGGGUGGGUAAGGGUCUGAAAAACAAUACAUUCACUAUUUCAACAUGUUUCAUUAUCGUCAUUUCACCAGUAGAACAAGAUUUGCCUGGAGGAAAGGCAGAUGAUGUGCCGAGGAAUAACUUAUUAAUUUUUCACUUUCUUUUUGUUUAUUUGUUUUUGUUUUUGUUUUUUUUCUAGAUUUCAGAUGAGCAUUCCUUUGAGACUCUUAGAAAUGUUAGAUGUGACAGACUGACCAAUGUGUGGCUAAUGUCCAAACCAGUCUGGUAGCUCAUAGGGUUUGCACCUAUAGUUCCCAGUUUGCCUGUUUUGAAAUUCUGUCCAGUUAGAAAUCUUGGAAAUUGCACCUUUAACAAAAUCUGCACUGUGGCUGUUAAUGUCACAGUGGUGUUUUGGACUUUAUUCCAGUAUCCCAACUGCACUUAUUUUAUUUCCAUUACACUUUGUUUUGAAACACAACAGGUGUUUAUAAAGUGCUGUGUCAAUAAACAUGAUGACGAUGAUGAUGA